CUUGUGAAAAUUUUAUUGCCUAUGCCAGACUAGCGGAUACUUGCGGAUAUACUGAGCUCUCCAAACAAAAUUGAAUAAGUACUUGCGGAUCUGAUAUCUGGGGUUCACUUACAGUUACUCCAGUCCCCUCUUCCUCCUACAUCGAAUCAUGUCCGCUAUCUCAGAACUCCCUGUUCGUCGUCGUCGCCAUUCUGGAUCGACUACAGCACCAGCACCAGUCCGUGCUAGCCUGAGUCUACUUAAAACACAACAAGAUGACGAAGCUGUGUUCAUACCCCCACCGCGACCAAAAUCAACUCCCGUUGACGAACGGCCCCAACGACGACGAAGGUCCGGUUCAGCCGAGUCUGAUUCGGAAGGCUCCGAUAAGGAGACAACAACCAUGCAGGUUGAUAACGAUUCGCCUAGUCAAAAAACUCAGCAAUCUUCAUCAUCUCCAUCACACUCUCAAGAAUUCACCAAAAAACGUGGAGUUAUCACGCUCAAGUCAGAAAAUUCUAGCCCAGAGCGUCCUACUCGUCCUCUACCUGCUAAAUCUCGGAAAAUGGCCGGAAAUUCAUCCAGUAAUCCCAUGCCACAACCUGCGAACCCAUCUAUGCUGCCAGUUCAGGCUCAUGUACCCCGUGGUGGUAUCGCAUCGAAUCAGAGAAGGUUGUUUGUCAUCCUAGAGCAAUCUUGCUUGGAGGCAUACAGAGUUUCAAGUGGAGGAAAAGGCAAAGGCGGCAGGGAGGGCGAUGUCAAAUACACUCUUCUGAACUGCGACGAUCAUCAGGGCAUCCUUGCAAAGACUGGCAGAGAUAUUGCGGAUGCCCGCCCCGAUAUUACGCAUCAGUGCCUAUUGACACUCUUGGAUUCGCCUCUAAACAAGUCGGGUCUACUGCAGGUGUACAUCCACACUACAAAAGGGGUGCUCAUUGAGGUCAAUCCUCAUGUAAGGAUUCCUCGUACCUUCAAACGAUUCAGUGGAUUGAUGGUUCAACUUCUUCAUAAAUUGUCUAUUCGCGGUGUCAAUGGCCCAGAGAAGUUGCUCAAGGUAAUCAAGAACCCUGUAACCGACCACCUUCCUGCCAACACCAUGAAACUCACCCUUUCUGGUGAUGCUCCCACUGUUAGACUCUCCCGUUAUCUUCCGACUCUUCCGGAAACGCACUCUAUUGCUGUCUUUGUGGGCGCCAUGGCUCGAGGCCGCGAUGACUUUGCCGAUCAUCUUGUGGACGAAAAGAUCAGUAUCAGCGACUAUCCUCUAUCCGCAUCCGUCGCUUGUGGCAAGUUAUGUUGUGGUCUAGAAGAACUCUGGGACAUCGUCUGAUGUCCUCAUCUUCUAUAUCUCUUGACAUUAAAACU